GUUGCGGUGCGUCCACAUACUGGAGGCGUGCGAGUACGACUAUCGUUGCCGCCAUCUAUGCGCUUCCCGUCUCAACAGCCAGCUGCUACACCUUCCAACACUUCGUUUUUGUUCUAUUCGUAUAGGAUCCAGAGAAAGCAGAGUAACUGUUAUUACUAGUAUUAUUGUUUACUCCGUCGCGUCGUCAACGCUGCACAUUUACUCAAAACAUAACUUUAUACCUUCUUCCGCCUUUCCAGCUGCAAUCGGCGAUUUAGACACACCCUGUAGACCUACCAUACCUCGUCUGCACACAUCUUAAUUCGUUCACGAUAGAGUUGACAUACACAAAAGAGAAAAUAUGCCGAACCCCGAUCCAGGGAAUGAGAGGGCGGCCGCCUACGUGGACUACUACGCCUCCCCGCAGAUGGUCAACAACUCCGUCAACCGUCUCUACUACGGCGGCGUGGAGCGUAAGAAACGAGCGGAGGCGGUCGCAACGGAGAAGGUGUACCCGAAAACGCCGUCCACCCGUCGCUCCAAGGCACAGCUAGAAAACUACCUGCGCAACAGCGUACAAGGGGAACUUCUCCGCCGGCAGCAACACCGCGCGGCGCUGCAGCAGGCGCUCCACCCCGACCUCGAGCUACCACCGCGCACGAUGACACCAAAAGAGAUGGAGCGACACGUCGAGCACGUCUACAACGUCCCUCUCAUCGUGCGCCGCGCGCGAGAGGCGGAGAUGCGCCGCAUCUUUGGCACUGAUAAGGACGCGAAGGAGGUGAAGAGGGAGACGGUGUAUCAGUAUCACCGCCUGCCGCCGGAUUUGGCGGGGCAGGUGGGUGCAUCCGCCUCGCCCUCUGCGCGGGGAUCGUCGCCGUCGUCGCGCGGCCGCAGCGAGUCCGCCCACCUCGACCCCGUGGUGGACUACCUCUCCCGGCUGGAGAAGAACUGGCGCCAGCCUUCCGCGUCCGUGCCGCACGACGACAACCGUCGACUGCUCGUGUCACAGUACGACUACUACGCCGACCCGCGCAAGUUUACGGAGAUGACGCUGAAGCCGCACCGGCUGUCCAGGGAGGAGUGGGAGCGGCACAUGAAUCGCUUAGAGUUGCUGUCUCGCCCACUGCGCGUGAACCCGCAGGUGAAGGCGGAGGAGGGCGGCUCUCCAGCGUUCCGCGUUAGCCGUAAGGUCGAGCACAAGGAUUGA